AUUUUGUCAAGUCAGCGUCGUUGCCAUGGAUACCGCCGUCGCGGAACAGGAAACCCUUCGGGAGGCUUCUGUUCGCUAAACAGAUGUAAAUUAGCCUCAGUUGUAAACAAAGGCGGCAUUUCAACUCGUGGCAGAUCAUGGAGUAUGACAACGGAUUCAACAAUCUUCAGGCUCAGGAAAAUGGAAAAGCACACGGGGACAAAAUGAAAGCAGAGGAUGUGUUUCUCAGUGAACAUUUGGAAUUACUGAGCCAAAGCACGGCGACAGACAACAUGCAAGACAGAGUGGAACGAGACGAGCGUCAGCGUUUGCUGGACCAGCUGAGAGAGCUGACGGAUGUCAACGGUCGCCUCUUUAAACUGCUGAGCGAAAAAGAAUUUGAGGUCAAACACAUGAAGAAGAAAUGGGACAAAGAGAGGGUGUUUCUCAUGGCUGGCGCGUCCGGCAUGUCGGGCGAUGCUGCCGCCGUCAAGAUCGUGGAGUUGUCCAAAAAGAACCGAGAGCUGACCACUGAAGUGGAGCGAGAGAGGACGAAAUCCAAACAAAACAGCAAUAGAAUCAAAGCACUUGAGAACGAUCUGCAGGCUGCUGUGCGCUCACUACCAGGGCAAAAGGUUGACGUGGCUUGGCAGAAGCAAAGCUCGUCUAAAGACUGCGAGGACAACCCAGCGAUGAAGUCCCUGAAGGACAAACUAUCUGCUGCCCAACUCAAAGCCACAGAGUAUCGCUACCAAGUUCAAUUUCUCAGACAGGAGUUGAAAGUGGCUCAGAAGGUUCUGAUGAGUGAGGUUGGGGAAGACGUCAACGUUCAGCAGUUACUGAGCUGUGCGGGAAGCUUUAGAGGACGUGCACAGCAGAUACUGGCUCUUCAAUCAAGGGUGCGUGACCUGGAGCAGCAGCUGAGGCCACCUCCAUCAAGCGUGUUGACCGUGGACGAAGAAGAAUAUUCGGGCGUUCCUCCUAAAAGCCAGGGCCGAAACGUCGGCUACAGCCGCAGCGCCGAGAAGGAGAAGAAGGAGGCAUUUCAGAGGCUGUCGGACAGCUAUGAAGCCUUGCAGCGAGACCGCGAUCAAGUGAGGAAAGAUCUGGAAGCCGUCAAAGCCAGGAACAAAUGUCUGUCGGCUGACAUUAAAACGCUGAAGGCUCAGACUUCCUCCUUGCUGCUGAAGAGCAAACACGACGACGAGCUCGUGGACGCUAUACUGGUACGAGUAAAACACGUCGACUGUGAACCCAAAACAAAACAAAACAAAAAAACGUUCGCGCUCCUCGCCUCGAUCUUUUCCGCUGCAGAAGGAGAAGAGCCGCAUGCUGGAGAUGCUGAGUCAGCUCACCAAGCGGAAUGCGCCGAGCCAGCCGAGCUCGGGACCGUCGCUGAGCAGCGAGCUUUCCGCGCAGAAGAUGCUCAUCCAGAACUUGUACCAAGUGGUCGCUGACAAAGAAAGCACCAUUAAAGAAUUGGAGGAGAAUAUCAAGCAGCUCUCCAAUGACAGCCGCUGACAAAUCAUUUUGAAUUGUCGAAAAAGUGAUUUAAAAAAAAAAGAGGAUAUGGUUUCAAAGUAAUCCCAUUACUGUACAAGAUUGUAAUGUUUUAAGAACUAUUCAAAAUUUACAACAACAAAAAAAGAUGCUAGUAUAUUAUUACAAAAUCUAUGUAAAUAGCUUGUAAAUUAAAUGUAAUGUCAGGGUUUUAUUAUAUAUAUAAUGUUUUAUUUUUUCUAAUUACUAGAACAACACAUACUGACACGAUAUUAAGUGUUUAAAUUACUGUAUGGGUUUUGGUAGUUUAGAAGGCUAAUUAUUACAUAGAGCAGCAAUUCCCAACAACUGUGUCACAGCACAUUAGUGUGCCAUUAUGGAUCAUUAGGACACUAUACACACGUACGGUGAGAUUCAAAUUGGUCAAUUGGUUAGAAAAUGUAUUUACAACAAUGCAUCUUUAUCUAUCUAUCUAUGCCAGCCACAUAUAGUGACAGGCAGAACAAUUAAAUGCCCCUCUGCCAUUCAUUCAAUUAUGCAUUUACCUUUUGUUACAUUUUUGUUCAGUGGUGUACCAUGAAAUUUUCCAAUUAUGUGCCUUACCAUGAAUUUCGGUAGUUAGUUGUAAACAUAUUCAAAUAAAUGGGAACAUGGCAGCUGUAUCCCCUUCCUUACUUUCAUUGCAGCCAAUUUCUAUUGGUGUUCGUUCACGUUUACGGUUGU